AGAAGAAGAAGAAAAAGCCUUACCUGAUUUGCGUUUUUGUGCAGCACGCCGAUUUCACAUCACACCUGAAUUGAACACACAUUGAGAGCAUCCAGAACGUGGACCUGUGGCAUAAGAGUGAGAUAGAAAGAGUCGCCCAUAACUAUGUGACGCAGAAGUCACACCUGUCCAGACUAGUUACAUCCCACCGAAACACUACCCAAACCACCCCUUAGGCAAGCAGUGUUCUCCGGACUAACCUGUGGAGAAGCAUUAAAGUUCAUUUCCACAAUUGCAGAAUUGGCCGUAUUUCUUUUUUUUGCAGGUUGUGUUUGGGAACACGCUCAGCUCAGCGCGCGCUUUGGUCACCGUGAGCGCACGAGAUAUUCCGGGCAUCUCCGCGAACCUGUCAGGUCUCCAUGCUCCUUCUGCGCGCGACACUCUCGGGAAUAUUGCUCCUCGGAUUUGUGACGCUCGCGCACGCCGAGGAAUGUGCAAAUAAUGCGACUCCCAGAUGCGACUGCAGUGGAGUCAGAGGCGAAAGGGGCGAUCCAGGUUUUCCAGGUCAGGCUGGAUCAAAAGGGGAAGAUGGAAAUCCAGGAGAUGAAGGUCACCCUGGACCAAUGGGUCCCAUGGGUGAAACAGGACAACCAGGUUUACAAGGCUCUAAAGGCUCACGGGGACACCCUGGAAAACCAGGAAGCUCGGGUUCUCCUGGAAUACCUGGACUCCCGGGAGAUGAAGGGCCUCAGGGAUUACCUGGUAGCCCAGGAUGCAAUGGCACAAAGGGUGACCGUGGGAAUCCUGGAGGUCCAGGAAAGCGCGGAGCUGCCGGCUUACAGGGUGAUUACGGUGCCCCAGGCCCUAAGGGGGACACGUACUACUUCUCUUUUCCUGCGGAUUUGAAGGGAAAAAACGGGUUGCCAGGUAGAGAUGGGCCCAAGGGUGAACCUGGACCUCAGGGUAACUGUGGAGAACCUGGACCAAUGGGACAUGUAGGACCUAGUGGAGCACGAGGACUUUCUGGCCUUCCAGGAGAAAAGGGUCAAGAAGGACGCCCAUCAAUACCUGGCCCCCAGGGUCUAAAAGGGGUGAGAGGAAUUCCCGGCGUUACAGGGCAGAGGGGUGACUGUCAGUUUGCUACAGCACACAUAGAGCUCAAAGGAGAACCGGGCGACCCAGGAGACUGCGGCGUUCCUGGACCUACUGGUCAGCCAGGGCCGUGUGGCCCCAAAGGACAGAAAGGCUGCAGAGGAGAUCCAGGACAUCUGGGUGAUGAUGGGCUGACUGGGCUUCAGGGAGAGUGUGGGCUUAAUGGUAUUCCUGGAGUCAGGGGAGAACCCGGGCCUUCUGGUCCCUAUGGUUUAAAGGGGGAAAAAGGUGACCGUGGUUGCGUUGGUCCUCCAGGAAAAUUUGUUAUGAAUCAGCCCGUGAAAGGUGAAAGAGGAUAUAAGGGCUUACCUGGACCUCCUGGCCUUAAAGGAUUUCAAGGUAUAAGUGGAUUUCCUGGAAACUCAGGCAUUCCAGGACCAGGUACACCAGGAGAACCUGGGGAGUCCGGACCCCCAGGCUUUAGCGGAAUUAAGGGUGAAAAGGGAGAACGAGCAGCUGAAGAUAUCGGCCCAAUGGGACCUGAUGGACCUCAGGGAAAAUCUGGAUCUCCUGGUGAUCCGGGUCCUAAAGGACUACCAGAUAUUUAUAAACAAGAGGGUCCGUCAGGGUUCAGGGGACCGAAAGGAGUACAAGGGACUUAUGGUGAAACAGGCAUACCUGGGGAAAAAGGUGAUGAAGGAGACCUUUGCAGAUUGUGCUCUUAUCUAGGUCCUACAUAUGGACCUCCAGGACCACCUGGUUUACCUGGUGCACUUGGAGAUCCAGGUCCUAAUGGAGAACCGGGCAGCAGAGGAUCAAUCGGAAUUAAGGGGCAGAUUGGUCCACCUGGCAAUCCGGGUUUGAUUGGUCUUCCUGGCACUCAAGGACUUCAGGGACAAAAGGGAGAACCUGGCUUUAUAGGACCUGGAGAUAAUGGGGACCAAGGUGACCCAGGAUUACAAGGAGACCCAGGGAGGAUUGGAAAGGAUGGGAUUUGUGGAAAGCCAGGAUUGAAAGGCACAAAGGGAGAGAAGGGCAAUCCAGGUCCUGUUGGACCUAAGGGUAACAGGGGUGACCCUGGAACAGAUGGAUUACCAGGAUUCCCUGGUAAAAUGGGAGAUCAGGGCAGCCCUGGGAUUGGAGCGCCAGGGGAACAUGGUGAGAAGGGCAGCCUUGGAGUUCAUGGCCUGCCAGGGAAUCCUGGAGAUGCAGGUGUGAAAGGUGAACCUGGUUUGGUCUACAUGAUACCUGGAGACCCUGGAAAGUGUGGAAAAAAGGGUCCUAAAGGUCUACCAGGGGAACCUGGGUGUCCGGGACCCAAAGGUUUAUGUGGACUUCCAGGACCUUGUGGCAUAAAAGGUGAAAAAGGACCGUCUUUACCAGGGAUACAAGGACUGCCUGGUUGUAAAGGUGAAAAAGGCUGUCGAGGUUCUCAGGGUCCACCUAGCAUUGGUCUACCUGGUUUCCCAGGACCUACAGGGCAAUGUGGAAUGCCAGGGUUGAAGGGUGAUAGUGGUACUGGCCCUCCAGGGUGCUCUGGUCCAAGAGGGUCUCCAGGAGAAGAUGGGACACUUGGGCCUACUGGUGAAACAGGUUUUCCAGGACGUCCUGGAGUUUGUGGACAGCCAGGAAGAGAUGGAUGCCCAGGGCCUAAGGGUGACAAAGGAUUUGACGGACCACCAGGGGUGACUGGUCCAGCAGGAGUCUGUGUUUCUGGGCGGCCAGGUGAAAAAGGAGCUCAAGGUCAGAAUGGAAUGCCUGGAAUGACAGGAUUUUGUGGUCAGAAAGGUAUGAACGGUGAGCCUGGAUGUCAGGGGCAAGGUUUGCCUGGUUCUCCUGGGCCAUUUGGUACACCUGGUUAUAAUGGAGAACCUGGUCCUGUUGGUCCAGCUGGUCAAAAGGGAUUCAAGGGGAAGAAUGGCAUUCCUGGCCACACAGGUUCACGGGGGAACGAUGGGCCUCCUGGGAACUGUGGUUUUCCUGGACCUCCUGGAAAGCCUGGAUGUCCUGGAAAGCCUGGACCUAAAGGUUGUGCAGGCGGUGACGGACCACCAGGUUACAGAGGUCCACAAGGCCUGAAAGGGGAACGGGGGGAUCCGGGUCCUAAAGGAGAACCUCAAAAUGUCUACAAUCCUGGGGACCCAGGAGACCCUGGAGAUAUAGGUCAUACUGGUCUAACUGGGCUUAAAGGGGACAAAGGAAUCCAGGGACCACCUGGCAGCUGUGGGAAACAUGGAUUACAAGGCUCCGCUGGACCACCAGGUCCUCCUGGAGAACGUGGUCAAGAAGGCUUAGAAGGUGAACCUGGUGUUUCUGGCUGUGUUGGAGAAGAAGGACCUAUGGGAAUGCCAGGUGUCAAAGGUGAGAAGGGGGACCCAGGUAAAUUUGGAACACCAGGAGAUCCUGGUAUUCCAGGAGCAAAUGGCCCAAAGGGGCUCAAAGGUGAACCAAGUUUUCCUGGGCAAGGUGUCCAAGGAUGCCCUGGAGAAAAGGGCGAACCAGGCAUUCAUGGCAUUAAAGGAAAGAAAGGAGGAAGAGGAAUGUGUGGCCCUGCUGGUCCUUCAGGAUCGGAAGGGCUACAAGGACCGCCUGGAGAUUCAGGACUACCUGGACUACCAGGCACCCCAGGAUUGAUUGGAGAACAAGGGUGUGUUGGACAACAAGGUCCUCCAGGAUGUCCAGGAUCAAUAGGACCACCAGGUAGUUCUGGGUCCCCGGGCAAUCCAGGUCCUCACGGUAUAAAAGGAAACCAGGGCAUGGACGGUAUUCCUGGACUCCCUGGAGAAAAAGGGAAUGCAGGAGUUACUGGAUAUGGAGCUCCAGGGCCAGCUGGUGCCAGGGGCGAACCAGGUGCUAAAGGUGAACCAGGACCCAUGGGAAAAACUGGACUUCCAGGACCGUGUGGUCCAGUGGGAGACCGAGGGCCUUGUGGUGUUGCAGGACCCCCAGGGCCCCUUGGGAAUCCUGGUGCACAGGGUUUGUGUGUGGAUGGGCCUAAAGGGGAGCGAGGACCUCCAGGAGAACCAGGACCACCAGGGCCCUGUGGGAUAUCUGGUCCCCCGGGACCACCUGGCCUAGGCUUAAAGGGAGAAAAGGGCAACACUGGGACUCCUGGAGCACAGGGAGUUUUCGGUUAUCCAGGAGACACUGGUCUACAAGGGAUUCCUGGUAAACCUGGGGGCGUUGGUUACCCUGGUGUGAAAGGAGAAAGAGGACUAAAGGGUGAAACUGGAUCUCGAGGCCAAAGAGGAACGGAUGGAUCAAAUGGUCCACAAGGAUCUGAAGGACCCAAAGGGCAAAGAGGAGCACCAGGUAUGCCAGGGGAAGAUGUUUACCACCAAGACAUAGUUCUUUCUGGAGAUCGUGGCCUGCCUGGACCUAAAGGAGAACAAGGACCUCCUGGAGAACGUGGUCUACCGGGAAUUUCUGGGCGAGCAGGGAUCGUUGGCCCUAAAGGAGCCCCAGGCCGAGACGGGAUGAGCGGUGUUGCAGGUUUACCUGGACCCAAAGGGAACCAAGGAUUAACAGGACUGCCAGGAGCUCCAGGUUUUAUUGGUGCUGACGGUCAGAAGGGUACCAGAGGUGCACCAGGAGCAUCGGGGUGCAGGUCCAAAGCCACCAGAGACAGCUUUCUGUUCACCAAACACAGUCAGACACAAGACAUCCCUCACUGCCCUCAGGGAUCCAGUGAAGUUUACUCAGGAUACUCGCUCCUGUUUAUCAAUGGAAAUAACCGAGGACAUGGCCAAGAUCUCGGCACUAUGGGAAGUUGUCUGCAGAUGUUCUCCACCAUGCCCUUCCUUUUCUGUAAUGUGGACAGCACCUGUCGCUACGCCUCCCGAAACGACUACUCCUACUGGCUGUCCACUGACAUGCACAUGCCCAGUGACGUGCCCUUUAUCACAGGUGAUUCACUGGUGCAGUAUGUUAGCAGGUGUUCAGUAUGUGAGGCUCCAGGUAAUGUGAUAGCGUUUCACAGCCAGAACAACACAAUCCCCUCGUGUCCCUUCGGAUGGCAGUCUCUGUGGCAAGGCUACUCUUAUGUCAUGCAAACGGGUGUAGGAUCCGAGGGCUCGGGACAGCCCUUGUCCUCUCCUGGAUCCUGUCUGGUGAAUUUCCAGAGGAUUCCCUUCAUCGAGUGUCAUGGCCGCGGCACUUGUAACUAUUACUCAGAUUCCUACAGCUACUGGCUGGCUGCUCUGGAUCCUAGUCAGAUGUUCAGUAAACCAGCAUCACGAAUACCAAACGAUGACGAUCCAAGCAUCAUCAGUCGCUGUAGUGUGUGCAUGAAGCAGCAGGCGUGCGGUCAGACAUCCUGAACCUCGGGGCUGACGAUUCGGCCGACAUGAAGACUGAAAUGUUUUACAUUUUUGAACUUUGCUUUUUGUAAACGGAUGUGUUUGUUCCCGUCGCGCUCGGAAUCCUAUUGCUCGAGAUCUUCAAGAUGGUUCUGUGAGGAUGACAACAAACUAAUGGACUAGAACUAAUGGACUAAUUUUAUUUUAUUUUGAGCAGUACUGAUGUACGCAAUAUUGAAUUUUGAAAUGAAAUACUUUAAUUUCUUAGAUAAGAGAGAAAGUGCUUGUUGAAGAUCCCAUUUUUCUUGCUGACCCACUCACUCACUGACUGAUUCACUCACUCACUGAUUCACUCAUUCACAGAUUCACUCACUGACUGAUUCACUCACUCACUGAUUCACUCACUCACUCACUCACUCACUCACUCACUGAUUCACUCACUCACUGAUUCACUCAUUCACAGAUUCACUCACUGACUGAUUCACUCACUCACUCACUCACCCACUCACCGAUUUACUCACUCACUGAUUCACUCAUUCACAGAUUCACUCACUGACUGAUUCACUCACUCACUGAUUCAUUCACUCACUCACUCACUCACUGAUUCACUCACUCACUGAUUCACUCAUUCACAGAUUCACUCACUGACUGAUUCACUCACUCACUCACUCACCCACUCACCGAUUUACUCACUCACUGAUUCACUCAUUCACAGAUUCACUCACUGACUGAUUCACUCACUCACUCACCCACUCACCGAUUUACUCACUCACUGAUUCACUCAUUCACAGAUUCACUCACUGACUGAUUCACUCACUCACUGAUUCUCUCAAUCUCUCACUGAUUCACUAAUUCACAGAUUCACUCUCUGACUGAUUCACUCACUCACUCACUCACUCACUCACUGAUUCACUCAUUCACAGAUUUACUCACUGCCUGAUUCACUCACUCACUGAUUCAUUGACUCACUCACUGAUUCACUCAUUCACAGAUUCACUCACUGACUGAUUCACUCACUCACUGAUUCACUCACUCAUUCACAUAUUCACUCACUGACUGAUUCACUCACUCACUGAUUCACUCAUUCACAUAUUCACUCACUCACCGAUUCACUCACUCACUGAUUCACUCACUCAUUCACAUAUUCACUCACUCACUGAUUCACUCACUCACUGAUUCACUCAUUCACAGAUCCACUCACUGACUGAUUCACUCACUCACUCAUUGAUCCAUAUACUGAUCCACUCACUGAUUCACCCAUUUUUGAGUCUUGAUGUGCCUGUUGCUAUAGAAACCGUAACACUGUAGAAGGAACACAUUUCUCACAUGAACUCAGCACUAAUGUCAGAGCUGCUGCUGUAGAAAAUGAAUCAGCGCUUCUGAAUCCGACCAAUCAGAGAGCAGAACUCAUUAACGUUUAAUGUUGGAUUUCUUCUUAUUGUUCCAGCGAAGCUGUGUAGUGACAACGAGCAACCGCCUCCCACUCAGUGUGACUCAGUGUGUUUGUAGAGACUUUACAGACUUUAUAGGAGCUCAGGGUGGAGAUUUCCUCAGAGAUCUUUAGUGUUUAGUGAUGGUGCUAAUUUUUCAGAUGGUGCUGGAUUUUUCUUCAUCCUUUGCGAAGCGUAAAUGUAAUAUUUAUAUCUUAUAAUUAAUUUCAUUCUUAAAUAAAUCCUGAACUCUGAGGUUUAUUAAGUUCAUACUGAGCCACCUGUUCAGAGUGAAGUUCACCUGUAAGAUAAGAUGCAAUUUCAGCGCACGUCGCCUUAGAAACAACAACAACAAGUGAAACGAUCUUCAUCGCUGUUUCGUGACUUAUACAGCAGUCCCAGUGUGGAGCUUUUCAAACUAAAUCUCUUCUGCAUCUAAAAUGAAUGUGUGUCACUGGUCAUUAACUCUAAACUCUACACGGCUUAUAUAGAGGCAGACGAUAAAAAUGUUUAAAUUAGUUUCAGAAUUCAGAUAUUUAAAGGGAUUUUCUUUGCCACAUUCAGGGUGUUUGUGUAAAACUUUAACAUCCUUCACUACUUUUACUUAAUUUAUGACUGUUUUGUAUUUUUUUAAUGUGCUGAAUUUUAACUUUCUUAUUUUUUUUAUGUGCUGCGUGUUUUUUGUUUUUUUUUUUUUACAAAAACAUGCUAAGUUUUAGAGAUAAAAAUCUGAUUAUUUUUUAAUGUGCUUUUUAAAAAAAUAAAUAAAUAAUUCUGACCUUGUGUUUUAUAAAUGUUUUAUUUUAUGUACAGAUUUUUUUUCUUCAUACUCCAUGUGACCACAGGAUGGCGGUACAGAGCAUGUACUGUGUCAGCGUCCACUGCGUUUGGAAACGAAUGGAAAUAAAUCUGUAAUUCAUGCUCCUGUA